ACCAGCUUCCUUCACUAGUCUUUGCAACCUCGCUCGAUAAAUCCAUCCAGCUUGCCCUUACUCUUCGAAUUCACACAUUUACUGCGCGCACACAAUGAUGGAGGCCAACCCUAGAGGAAUACCAAAGGCACCCUUUGUCGACAAUGUUGACGAGUACCUGAAGACGGAUUCGGUCGAAGCAACGUUGCGCAAGUUCACCGAGGCCACCAGCAAGUACAGGUUUAUGGAAAACAGCAAGCUGCAGCAGCGUGGCAGCCUUGAGCAAAAGAUUCCCGAGAUCGAGAAGACCCUGGCCAUGGUUGAGUACCUCGCAAGCCAGAGUGAGUCCGACAAACCUGUGAAGACCAUGUUUGAGGUCAAUGACACCCUGUAUGCGCACGCCACUAUCCCGCCGACCAACACUGUAAACCUGUGGUUGGGCGCAAAUGUCAUGCUCGAAUACACGAUGAACGAGGCACAGGAGCUGCUUACGAGCAAGCUGGGCAUUGCAAAAAAAAACCUGAAGGAAACGACCGAAGAUCUUGAGUUUUUGCGCGACCAGAUCACCACAAUGGAAGUCAACACCGCCCGCGUGUUUAACUGGGACGUGAAGCAGCGCCGCUCAGAGCAAGCCGCCACUGCUUGAUCAGACAAAAUGGACCGCCAAAUGCCAAUCGACCGAUGAUGUUUUGGACUUUGCAUUCAAACUAAAGCUUUAAUAUCAAACAAUUUCAGCGAUAAAACCUAUUUGCU